AUGUGGCUGACGAUCCAAGUUUUACCCGAUAACAUUAUACUUUUCUUAUGGCUGCUAGCAUUUAAAACGUACAUUUGCCAAACAUCUUAUAAUACCAGGAACGCCUUACCUCUGUGGAACUGGGAAUGCAUAAACGACAAAUGUUUGCCAUUAAAAGCAACACACGUAUCAAAACUACAGUCUUUGGAAACCUGCAACAUGCUAUGCUCAUCAAUACAGAUUUGGCCACAGCCAACGGGAUCAGUCAGUCUGUCUACCACCGCAGUACCUGCUCGCUCUGACAUGUUCCAACUACAAAUGAUCCAGGCUCCCACGAAAAUAGUACAUGAGCACCUUCAAGAAGCUUUUGCUCAUUUCCGCGAAGACUUGCAACGAAUAGAACAUGGUUCACGAGGUUUCGAAGAGUGGCGUAGUGUAUCAGUAAGAUUACUGGUCAACGGCAGUGAUGACCCUCGAAUGACAUUAGAGACUGACGAAAGUUACAGCCUUUCAUUACGACCUGUUGAAGGAACUGCCGUCGCAUUAAUAGCAGAUAUAGCCGCUCAUUCGUUCUGUGGCGCUAGACAUGGGCUGGAGACACUCCUGCAACUGGUCUGGUUGGACUCGUAUUUGGGAUCUCUUUUGAUACUAGAAGCAGCAAGAAUAGACGAUGCCCCCAAAUUUCCAUAUCGUGGAUUGCUUGUAGAUACGGCGCACAAUUUCUUUCCUAUAACUGAGCUAAUGUUGAAUAUAGAUGCAAUGGCCGCUUCCAAAUUGAACACGUUUCACUGGCACAUUACCGAUUCACAAGCUUUUCCGCUGCAAACGAACAGUAUCCCCGAAUUAUCUAAUUAUGGCGCGCAUACUCCUGGUGACGUUUACAGUCCGGACGACGUGCGAACAGUUGUGCGGAGGGCCAGGCUACGCGGGAUCCGUGUGUUAUUAGAAAUAGAUGCACCGGCCCAUGUCGGCCACGCCUGGAGCUGGGGCCCGGUCGCGGAUCUGGGUGACUUAGUGUUUUGCCUUGACCUCGAACAUUGGAGUGACUAUUGCAGUGAACCGCCCUGUGGACAGCUGAAUCCAGUCAAUGAACGAGUAUACGACCUUUUCGAACGUCUAUUUAUAGACGUGAUGCAACUGACCGGAGUCGAAGACAUGGUUCAUCUGGGUGGCAGCGACAUAUCUUUGCGUUGUUGGAACGAUCAGUUUCGUCACACUUUCAAUGACUCCAUGGACCUCUGGAUUCAUUUUACACAAUCGCUUCUAAAACGCUUAGAACGACGAACUGGUAGAAUACCAAAAUUAACCAUUUUUUGGAUGUCAAGCCUUAGUGAAAGAUUUAAAUCUGAUAUAAGAAGGUAUAUUGAUAAUAUAGGUUUUCAAGUUCGUCACGCUGCAUGGGCGCAAACAUAUGUAACCGGCAUCCGAACAAUUAUGUCUCAUGAAGAUGCCUGGGACUUGAACGCCGGACAAGGAGCGUGGUACGAAGAAAACAAUGGAGCCCCGUACAAUUCAUGGCAACGGGUAUAUGAGCAUCGUCCGUGGUUAAAGCAUGGUACGGGCGUGAUAGAAGGCGGAGAGGCUACAGUUUGGUCGACAGAGGUAGGUGAAGGCAGCUUGGUAGCUCACGCGUGGCCCCGGGCCGCCGCUCUAGCCGAGCGCCUGUGGACGGACCGGCCCGAGGGAGCCACUAGGCCGGUACAUGCACGUCUUGAUGUGCACCGAACUCGAUUAGUCCAACGUGGUAUACCGGCGUCUCCAUUGUGGUCAAUGUGGUGCACACAGAAUACACACACUUGCAACUAG